AUGGCACAGGCUUCUACGCCAAAGCCGCUCCUGGACUUUGUCCACGGUCGGCGUGACGUCCUAGAUCACCCUCUCCUAUGGACUUUGAGAUGCCACUUCGACGAUCUUAAGACGUCCGCUUACUCAGAGUCCGCGCCGAAAGAUGCCAAGGGUACUGCCGAUGCUGAAGCGCUAGCUCAUCGUCUGUUUCCCGAGGCGAGGGGCGGAACUUUGCACGCGCUCGCCAAGGGACCCACUUUUACUUCCAAGGCCGGCCGAUCCACCGCCCAUCUUAUAUGGCGUUCUAUCGUCCCGAGUCGUGAAACCCCACUCGAUAAUAGCUCGCCGCCGCUGGUGGGCUACGUACAUUAUACCGAUAUCAAUGGAGACCGCAUAGACCACUGCGAGGGUCUUGCCCGAGCAAGCAGAGUGCCUGGUCGGCGUCAAAAUCUUCUCGCUCUCACAACCCCAAAGGACUGGACUGAAGACCCUUACUUCCUUUAUCUUCUGCUGGCUCUUGCGCAGCGUCAACACGUUCUCCGACUCAGAUCCCCUGGACCAGGACCAGAAAGCCACUUUAUGUCUCGUCUCCUCGUGACGCACGCUUUAGAUCAGGAAUCAAUACUCUUCUGUGAAGCGGCGAUCACCACCGAGAUUCUUGACGCGCUCGGAAACCUGAAGUCUGCCGCAAUGCGUAUAACGUGGCCUAUGAUUCAUCGGAAGAUGAUUCCUCACAAGCCAUAUGAUACCUUUGCCGGCCGCCUCAGGGACCAGCUGGUGGAAUCCAGUCCAUCGAAGUUUGUCGAGCAUGUGAACGAUGCCACCAGCUACGAAACGAAAAGACGUCAAGGAGUGGACGACGGGGAAGACGGCAGUGGACCGCGGAAGGUUCGGCGAAUAUCAGGCACAUGA